AUGUGUGAUUACUAUGCGAUACUCGGCCUUGAGCACAAACGCUCGGAGUCUUUGAGUGCGCGAGAAGUCAAAGAUGCUUAUCGACGUUCACUGCUGCAAUACCACCCCGACAAGACUCAAGGCAACCGUAACGGCGACGCUGCCAUAUCAGUUGACCAGAUGGCGGCGGCUUACAGGGUGCUCGUCGACCCAGGACUCAAAGCAGAGUAUGACCGCGGCCUGCAAAGAAGCUCCAGUCAUGCAUCCUCUCACCUACACCAUGAUGAUUCACGGACAGGCAUGGAGAUUGUGGAUCUGGAUACCGUGGCUUUCGACGAGCAGACUCAAUUGUGGUCUAGAGCGUGUCGCUGCGGCAGUGCGUUUAUCAUCACUGAGCAUCAGCUGGAAAAGAAUGCAGAGCAAGGAGAGCUGAUUGUCUCUUGCGAUGGCUGCAGUCUUUGGUUGAUGAUAUUGUUCAACACCGAAGAUACACCUUGA